AGCUAGACGUCUGGGCAGCUCCGCGCAGCCUCCGCCUCCCGCACCGUGUGCGCGACUGUGGUCAGGGCGGCCGCAGAGAGUCGGGGCCGCCGCCGCCGCCGCCGCCGCCGCCUCCUCGAUCGGACGAUCGGCCACCUCCGAGGCCGGCCGGCCACGGUCACAGCCACAGCCCACCGUCGCCUGACGGGUCCCGGAUUAAAUGAAGGGGAGCGGAACCGGUUUCUCUAGGGCAGCGAUGCGACCCUUCGGGACGGCCGGCGCCGCCGCGCUGCUGGUGCUCCUGGCGGCUCACGUCCAGGCGAGUUGGGCGCUGGAGGAGAAGAAGGUUUGCCAAGGCACAAGUAACAGACUCACCCAGCUAGGCACUUUUGAAGACCACUUUCUGAGCCUGCAAAGGAUGUUCAAUAACUGUGAAGUGAUUCUUGGGAAUUUGGAAAUUACCUACGUGCAAAGGAAUUAUGAUCUUUCCUUCUUAAAGACCAUCCAGGAGGUUGCUGGCUACGUCCUCAUUGCCCUCAACACGGUAGAGAGGAUUCCCCUGGAGAACCUGCAGAUCAUCAGAGGAAAUGCACUCUAUGAAAACACCUAUGCCUUGGCAGUCCUGUCUAACUACGGGGCAAAUAAAACAGGGCUGAGGGAGCUGCCCAUGAGGAACUUACAAGAAAUCCUGCUUGGUGCUGUGCGAUUCAGCAACAACCCAGAACUCUGCAAUGUGGAGACCAUCCAAUGGCGGGACAUCGUCAGCUAUGAGUUUCUGAAAAACAUGUCAAUGGACUUGCAGAGCCACUUGAGCAGCUGCCACAAAUGUGAUCCAAGUUGUCCCAAUGGAAGCUGUUGGGGUGCAGGAGAAGAAAAUUGCCAGAAACUCACCAAAAUCAUCUGUGCCCAGCAGUGUUCACGGCGCUGUCGUGGAAAGUCCCCUAGUGACUGCUGCCACAACCAGUGUGCUGCUGGUUGCACUGGGCCCAGGGAGAGCGACUGUCUGGUCUGCCACAAGUUCCGAGAUGAGGCCACAUGCAAGGAUACCUGCCCACCACUCAUGCUCUACAACCCCACCACCUACCAGAUGGAUGUCAACCCCGAAGGGAAGUACAGCUUUGGCGCCACUUGUGUGAAGAAAUGUCCUCGGAACUAUGUGGUGACAGAUCAUGGCUCGUGUGUCCGGGCCUGCGGUCCUGAUAACUAUGAAGUAGAAGAAGAUGGCGUUCGCAAGUGUAAAAAGUGUGAAGGGCCCUGUCGCAAAGUUUGUAAUGGAAUAGGAAUUGGUGAAUUUAAAGACACACUCUCUAUAAAUGCUACAAAUAUCAAACACUUCAAAAACUGCACUGCCAUCAGUGGAGAUCUUCAUAUCCUGCCUGUAGCCUUUAGAGGUGACAACUUCACCCAUACUCCUCCUCUAGACCCAAAGGAACUGGAUAUUCUAAAAACUGUGAAGGAAAUAACAGGGUUUUUGCUCAUUCAGGCUUGGCCGGAAAACAGGACUGACCUCCAUGCUUUUGAGAACCUAGAAAUUAUACGUGGCAGGACAAAGCAACAUGGUCAAUUUUCUCUUGCGGUUGUCGGCCUGAACAUAACGUCCUUGGGAUUGCGCUCCCUCAAGGAGAUAAGCGAUGGAGAUGUAAUAAUUGCAGGAAACCGAAAUUUGUGUUAUGCAUAUACAAUAAACUGGAAAAAACUACUUGGGACUUCGGGUCAGAAAAUCAAAAUCACAAACAACAGAGGUGAAAAAGACUGCAAGGCCACAGGCCGCGUCUGUCAUCCUUUAUGCUCCUCGGAUGGGUGCUGGGGCCCAGAGGCCAGAGAUUGUGUUUCCUGCCAGAAUGUCAGCCGUGGAAGAGAGUGUGUGGACAAAUGCAACAUUUUUGAGGGGGAGCCAAGGGAGUUUGAGGAGAACUCUGAAUGUAUCCAGUGCCAUCCAGAAUGUCUACCCCAGCCCAUGAACAUUACCUGCACAGGCCGGGGACCAGACAACUGCAUAAAGUGUGCCCAUUACAUCGAUGGCCCUCACUGUGUUAAGACCUGUCCAGCUGGUAUCAUGGGGGAAAACAACACCCUGGUGUGGAAGUAUGCAGAUUCCAACCGUGUCUGCCACCUCUGCCAUCAGAACUGUACCUAUGGAUGUUCUGGGCCAGGUCUUAAAGGCUGUCCAACAAAUGAGACCAAGAUCCCAUCCAUCGCCAUUGGGAUCGUGAGUGGUCUCUUCCUGAUGGUGGUGAUCGCACUUGGCAUCGGGCUCUUCGUGCGCCGACGCCGCAUCGUCCGGAAGCGCACACUGCGCCGUCUCCUGCAGGAGAGAGAGCUCGUGGAGCCCCUCACUCCCAGUGGAGAAGCUCCUAAUCAAGCCCUGCUGAGGAUCUUGAAGGAAACAGAAUUCAGAAAGACCAAAGUGCUGGGCUCUGGAGCAUUUGGCACUGUGUAUAAGGGACUCUGGAUUCCAGAAGGAGAGAAAGUUAAGAUUCCCGUGGCCAUCAAGGAACUCAGAGAAGCAACAUCUCCCAAAGCCAACAAGGAAAUCCUUGAUGAAGCCUACGUGAUGGCCAGCGUGGACAAUCCCCAUGUGUGUCGCCUUCUGGGCAUCUGCUUGACCUCCACCGUCCAGCUUAUCACACAACUCAUGCCCUUUGGCUGCCUCCUGGACUAUGUCCGAGAGCACAAGGACAACAUUGGCUCACAGUACCUUCUCAACUGGUGUGUGCAGAUUGCAAAGGGUAUGAACUAUCUAGAAGACCGGCGCUUGGUACAUCGUGACCUGGCAGCCAGGAAUGUCCUGGUGAAGACACCACAGCAUGUCAAGAUCACAGAUUUUGGGCUGGCCAAACUGCUUGGUGCUGAUGAGAAAGAAUACCAUGCAGAAGGAGGCAAAGUACCUAUCAAGUGGAUGGCUUUGGAAUCAAUUUUACACCGGAUUUAUACCCACCAAAGUGAUGUCUGGAGCUACGGAGUCACAGUUUGGGAGCUGAUGACCUUUGGAUCCAAGCCUUAUGAUGGAAUUCCUGCAAGUGAAAUCUCAUCCAUCCUGGAGAAAGGAGAGCGCCUUCCACAGCCACCCAUCUGCACUAUUGAUGUCUACAUGAUCAUGGUCAAGUGCUGGAUGAUAGAUGCAGACAGCCGCCCCAAGUUCCGUGAGCUGAUUGUCGAAUUCUCCAAAAUGGCCAGAGACCCUCAGCGCUACCUUGUCAUUCAGGGGGAUGAAAGAAUGCACCUGCCAAGCCCUACAGACUCCAAUUUUUAUCGUGCCUUGAUGGAUGAAGAGGACAUGGAAGAUGUUGUCGAUGCUGAUGAGUACCUCAUCCCCCAGCAGGGCUUCUUCAAUAGCCCGUCUACAUCUCGAACUCCUCUUCUAAGUUCUCUGAGUGCAACCAGCAAUAACUCCACUGUUGCUUGCAUUAAUAGAAAUGGGCAGAGCUGUGCUGUCAAGGAAGACAGCUUCUUGCAGCGGUACAGCUCAGACCCCACUGGUGCCUUGACAGAAGACAACAUAGAUGACAUUUUCCUCCCUGCACCUGAAUACAUAAACCAAUUCGUUCCCAGAAGACCAGCAGGCUCAGUACAGAACCCUGUCUAUCACAACCAACCCCUGCAUCCAGCUACCAGCAGGGACCCACACUACCAAAAUCCCCAUAGCAAUGCUGUGGGCAACCCUGAGUAUCUCAACACGGCUCAGCCUACCUGUGGCAACAGCAUGUUUGACAACCCUGCCCACUGGGCCCAGAAGGGCAACCACCAAAUUAGCCUGGACAACCCUGACUACCAGCAGGACUUCUUUCCUAAGGACUCCAAGCUAAAUGGCAUCUUUAAGGGCCCUACAGCUGAAAAUGCAGAGUACCUACGGGUAGCACCACCCAGCAGUGAGUUUAUUGGAGCAUGACCAUGGAGGGUAGUAGCAUCAGCCAUAAAACUUCCAGACUCUUCAGAGACCCAGGGCCAAGUCAUGGCAGCUAUUCUACUCUUAAAAGACAUGCCUGUGUUAACUCAUACCCAUGAACUGGUUUUACCAUAUUAACUUUGAUCAGCCUUUCUUUUAGCCCAGAAGUACUCCUUCCCUCUGGGACAUUGCAGGUACAUUCCUUGGUCUUCAAACUGUGAAGCUCCCACAAAAGAAAGCAUCUGGAAAGAUGUCCAUUUGAGCAGAGGUUAUGGUGAGA